GCAGCUAGAGGAGGGCACGAGGCUAUAAUCAAACUAAUCCUCAAAACGGGCAAAGUUCAGGUCGACGUAAAAAAUAAUCUUGAUGAGACGCCGCUCUGGUUAGCAGCUAAUGGAGGACACGAAGCCGUAGUCAAGCUACUUCUCGAAACAGGCAAGGUUGACGUUAACUUCAAGAACAUUUUUGAUUGGACGCCACUCUUUAACGCAGCCAGGAAAGGGUACAAAGCCGUAGUUAAGCUACUUCUCGAGACAGGCAAGGUUGAUGUCGACUCUAAGGAUAAGCUUGGUCAUACGCCGCUCUGGUGGGCAGCCGAGGAAGGGCACGAGGCUAUAGUCAAGCUGCUG